AGAGAGAGAGAGAGGGACAGAGGAUCCAAAGAAGGUUCUGUGCUGACAGCAGAGAACUCCAUGCAGGGCUCGAACUCACAAACCAUGAGAUCGUGAUCUGAGCUGUAAGUUGGACAGACGCUAUAACCGACUGAGCCACCCAGGCACCACUUCUUGACAACUUUUAAUGUUGAUAUGAUUUUAUACCUUCAAAAAAUUGCAAGACUUGUACAAGGAACUCCCAAAUAGCAUUUUCCAGAUUCACCAGCUGUCUAUACUUGCCCCAUCAAUUUACUUUACCAUUCUCUCUCAUACACACACACACACACACACACACACACACACAGAGCGCUAUUUGAGAGUGUGUUGUGCACACCUUUCCCCCUACCAAUUAAUGUUUGAGUGGCAUUUCCAAAGAACAAGGACAUUCUCUUACAUGCUAGGUUUUGUUGAAAAUGGGAGCAAUUUGGGCAUAUUGAAAAAUCUAAGUGAAGAUCCAGUGGGAGAGAAGUGAGAGAAGGGGUUGUUGUCACUAAGGGCUUGUUGAAGGGUCUAGAGAGCAGGAUUUAAGGUGCAGGUGGAGGGUUGGACUUUGCCACAGGAGGGACAGCUCUGUGUUGUGAAGAGGAGUGAAGCAGUGUGCAGACGUUGGAGACUUUGUUCUGCUUGACGGGUGGUAGAGGAAGUUCCUCUCUGCUGGAUUCUGUUUCCUUUGUCAGUUAGGAAGUGAGCAGAUCUACUGAAAAGAGCAGGAAGGCGUGUGACAGAUGGGAAGCGUCUGAGUUGAAGAAGACAGGAGAAAGCACAAGAGUCAAGGAGAGGGGAAGAGGAAGUAAUGAGAUAAACAUCUCAAGAUUCAUGUGGCCAAACAGCCCAUUUCUAGUUGAUGUUUAUUCAGUUAGAGUGAGCCAGCUUGCUCUAUUCAGUGACUCAUGUCUAGCCCUGCAGAGGGGGGAGAUAAACUGAGUUCAUCUAGGCGAGGGUUUUGCCAAACGGGUGUGAUAAAAGAACACAAUGGUUCGGGAAGGGAAGUUUAGGGUACUGACAAGAUAAUGGACUAUAAAAUACACUGGAUAAGAAUGAAAGAAGUAAGAUGGCUACUGAAUGGGAAAUAGAAGGGCAAAUGAUAGGAGGUAGACUGGGAAGAUGGAAGCCUGUAAAUUCUUUUCUAAUUAUUACUACUUGACUUACUGGAUCUAGAUAUUAUUGAGCAUGCAUUCUCUACUGAGUAUUUUCCAUCCAUUAAUUUCAUAUAAUUCCUAUGACAACCCUAUGAGGUAAGCAUAGGCAUCAAGCCAUUUUUAUCGAUAGAGGAAACAGACGUUAGUGACUUGCCCAAGGUGACACAGCUAAAAAGUGAGUCUCUAACUUCAGAGACCCUGCGUAUCUCUGGACUGCUCUGCAGAGCUUCCCAGCCCUGCUCCUUGCUCCACUUUGAUCCUCCUCUGACUCGCUUCACUUAGCUAACAGUGUGAGCAUUUGGAAAUGCAAAUUGAUUGUACCGGGCACUAACUCAGAACCUUUCAUUACAGGUCACUGGAAAUAUGUAAAAAAAGAAGAAUUAAAGAUGACUAAAGACUUGGACAGGUGGAUAGUUUUAUGAUAAAGAAAAUCAUAGUAUGAUGUUAAUUGUGAAAUCUAGACGGUAGCUAUAGGACUGUUCAUCAGAUAAUUCUUUCCAGUUUUCUUUAUGUUUGAAACUUUUCACUGUAAAAACAUGAAGGGAGGGAAGACCUUUGGCUGAAAAAAGAGAUGAAGCUAAACAGCUUUUUAUCUGAGGACCCUGACUGACUUGGAUUUAUAGGUUGGUAAGAAUCUGUAGUCAUGGGAGAAUGGCUGUCUUCUCUCGGUGAGCAGGUUUUGAUGUACUGAGAGACAUCUUGUGCCUGUGCCCCUAUGGUAUUGGAAAAGAACACUUAGAUUGUAUAAUUAAAGCCUUUUUUGUUUUUUUAAGUUUUAUUUAUUUAUUUUGAGAGAGACAGAGACAGGGCAAGUAGGGAAAGGGCACAGAGAAAAGGAGAGCGAGAAUCCAAAGCAGGCUCCACACUGCCAGUGCAGAGCCCGAUGUGGGCUUGAACCCAUGAAACCAUGAGAUCAUGACCUGAGCCGAAACCAAGAGUUGGAGGCCUUAACAGACUGAGCCACCCAGGUGCCUCGGCACUUUUUUUUUUGAAAGAUCCUUUUAAGCAAUCUCUACACACAAUGUGGGGCUCAAACUCACAACCCUGAGAUCAAGAGCCGCAUGCUCUCUUGACUGAGCCAGCCAGGUACCCCAAGUACUUUUAAGAGAGGAAAAUAAGCUCUUCUGGAGAAGAAAGUGGAACCCUGUGUUAAAAGUUUUAGGGCAGAGAUAAUCAUUGCAUCGUACUUGUCAGCUUAGGUGGUUACAGGCCAUAGGAAGGGUCUCAUCUGUACCUAUUACUUGUUUUCUCCUGGGCAACUUCAGAAUUCCAAAGAAUGUUUUGCAUGUACAGUUUCUUACUUUGGAAUAAACCAGAUUCUGCCUUUCAGUAAACUUUCUUUUUUCUUUCUUCCUUCCUUCUUUCCUUCCUUUCUUCCUUUUUUUUUUUUUUUUUUUUUUUUUUUUUUUUUUUUGUUCAAAUGCCCAGUUUGGAAUAUAUUUGACAUUUAAUACCAGUGAUUUCUAAAAGAAAAGACAGAUAUCACAUCAAUCUGCUGCUUGUAUCACUAAUGACACUCUUGCUUGAUGGUCAAUGUCAAGGCUUCUUUACAGGCAGGCAGGAUGUACUGCUGUCCUUCACGGAACUAUUUUUUCCCUUCCAGAAGCCUCCAGAGCAGUGUUUGUUAACACGAGGGGAGAAGGAAGAGACACAGAUGCCUAUGGCAGAGGUGUUUGAUGAAACUUCAGGCUUGGUUGGCUAAUGUAAUAUGUGUGAAGAGACAGGAUGUUCUUGCUUCUUUGGGAACCUUGAUCCCUCUGCUUCUUUCAGAAGCAAUCAGCUGCUUGCUCUCUUGGCUCACUCUCUGCAUGGGCGAAUGUCCACAACAGCAUGCGACCGUUGUCCUCAAACGAGGAAUCUUGCCAGGCCUCUCUGUUGAUUUGUUUUUAUACACACCCUAUCUUUGCCUGAUAGGGUGGUCCUUUGGGCUGUGCAGACACAGGAGGCUGGGAGGUCUGGGAGGUGGGUUCAUUCCAGAUUGGCAUUUUCUAGAUGAAGUUUCUUUGGGCAAGUUACUCGACUUCUCUCUGUGUCUGACUGUCUGAUUGUAAAUGAGGGCCGUGGUAGGAUUGCCUGCUUCAUGGGGCUAUUGCAGAUGAAGCUCUUCGCACAGUGCUUGGCACCCAACAAGCACUGGAUAAAUGUUAUCUACCCUUAUUAUUAUACUGUUCCUGUUAUUCUGAAAUUGCUUGUUUCAUUCAAACAUAUGUCUUUGAGAUCUUUCAGGUUCCAACUGUCAUCUUAACAGCUGUACAGUAUUCCAUAAUUUGGAAUACCACCCUCUCCGAAAACUAUUCCUUCUCUAACGCAGUUAGAUAAAGUAACCCAGUCAUUAAAGCUGCCAUUCCUCAUUGACUCUCUUUCUCUUUAGCCCCUUUGCCUGUUCAGUGAUGAAGUUCUACUCUCAUUUUAGUUCCUACAUAUGUUCUUAAUCUGCCCCCUGCUCUUGAUUACCCUACCCUAGUUCACAUGCUCCUUGUCUCUCACCAGGACCAUGGCAGCUGAAUGAAUUCCUGUUGCUUCUAAGAUUGCUGGCCACUGGGCUGAAGCCCUAUAAAGUCAUCUCCCAUCCAGCUGCCAAAUCUGCAGAUCUGACCGUGUAAACUCCUCUGCAUGGCACAUGGCGGCCCACGGCAGUCAUGACGCGUGGUGUUGGCUACAAUAUGAUUUAUUGAUUACAGAAAUUUAUGAGGCAGAGAGUUGCAGAGGGUUUAGGCUCUCCCCAGGCCCGUAGUUAUUUUAUAGAGAGGUGGGCAGAGCUGAAUGCACUGUAAAGAACCUUCCAACAGAGAAUCCAGUACCCACAAGUAGAUCGGGGUCUACCUGGGGAGGGAGGAUGAGGAACACCUAAUUUUAUUUUAUUUUAUUUAUUUAUUUUUUUGGAACACCAACGUAACAAGAAAUGUCCAAGUGAUGAACCCAAUAAAGCACCUUUGUGGUCUCGAAAGCUCAGCUGGAGCGUUUGUGCAUCCAAGUGGCUAUCAACAGCCAAGCCUCGCUGUCCUUCCCAGAGCUGGGAACAGAAGAGCCCCACGGCCAUCCAGCUGAAACCACAAGCAGGACUAUGGCGACCCAGGAAGCCACUCCAGGCAGCCAGUCCGAGGAGAGCAGUGCCUUGGAUUUGCCAACAGUUUAUGACAUAAGAGAUUAUGUGCUGCAGAGACCCCACCAAGAGGCCGACAGUGAAGCUUUUAGUUCUGUAGAAGCCCUUUCUAGUCCUUGCUCUUCUGAUGCAGAUCCAGGAAAUAGUAUUUGACUGAAGGCACGUCUACAUUUGUUUAAGAAGUCACGUUAUGAUGACUUUGUUACUCAUGAACUUACAAUGACUUGAUAUCACUGACCUCUUUGGAAUUAUACACCCCUGGCCAUGUGACAAGACUCUGCCGUUGUUAGAGACCUCUCUGCUCCCUGUUUCCUGGGCUACUGCUUGGACUCCUGGCAUGUCACACAUGUACAUUGGACCCUUCUUUUGUUAUUGUUGUUACAUUUUUUUAUUUAUUUAAGUUUUUUAUUUAUCUCUAUACCCCAUGUGGGGCUCUAACUCACUACCCUGAGAUCAAGAGUUGCACGUUCUUCUGACUGAGCCAGCCAGGCGCCCUAACAUUUGCCCCUUCUGGCCGCUGUCACCAACAGUGGUUCUCUCUGAGAUUGUGUUUGGGUUAUCUGUUGCAGCCUAACUCCUCCAAAACAUAGUGACUUGAAACAACAACCAUUUUAUUAACUCUCACAGUUGUGUGGGUUGACUUGAUUCUGCUGGGUAGUUCUUAUGCCCAGUGUGAUGUUGGCUGGGGUUGCAAUCACAUGGGAGCUGGAGUUGUCUGAAAUGUUCAAGAUCUUAUUCACAUCGCUGACAGUGGAUGCUAGCCAUCAGCCAGAAGCUCAGCUGGGCUGUCUACUGGAACACCUCCACGUGGCCUCUUCAUGACCCAGGCUUCUCACAGCAUGGUGGCUGAGUUCCUCAAGGGAAGAUCCCAAGAGGGAGCCUUCCAAAAGAAGAAAAGCAGAAACUGUUAGUCUUUUAAAGGCUUGCCUCACUUCUGGUUUAUUCUGUAGGUCAAAGCAGUCACAGACCAGCUCAGAUUCAAGGGGUGAAGGAAUCAAUUCCACCCUUAAUGCAAGAAUGGUACAUGCACACAAGGAGAGGACGGGGUUAAUGCGUGGCCAUCCUACUAUAGAGUAAAUACCACAUUCCUUUAAAUUUGUCUUAACUAAAGUUAAGUAAUAAAUAAAAUAAUUAACUAAAAGACUUAACUAAGUCUUCAGUUAUUUAGUUAUUAUUUCAUUAUUAACUAAAAGACUUAGAUCAUUUAUUUAUUUUUAUUUUAGAGAGAGAGAAUGAGAGUGAGUGGGGGAAGGGCAGAGGGAGAGAGAAUUUUUUUUUAAUGUUUAUUUAUUUUGAGAGAGAGAGAGAGACAGGGCAGGGGGAGGGCAGAGAGAGGGAGAGAGAGAAUCCCAAGCUGACAGUGCAGAGCCCCAACACUGGGCUUGAUCCCACGACUGUGAGAUCAUGACCUAAGCUGAGAUCAAGAGUCAGAUGUUUAACAGACUGAGCCACCCAGAUGCCCCGAGUCUAAGUCUCUUAAAAGGACACUCACGGGCUCAAGGUUCAUGCCCUGGAAGUAAUUCUGGAAAAGGUGGCCUAACCUUUGGAACCCAGACCGAUUUGUCUUGGAUCCAGUUCUGUGGCACUGGGACAACACUUGUGUCAGUAUAUAAACAUGACACUAAUCUUCAAGGAAGGAAAAUUGAUAUCCAGUUCUGUGGGAGAAAGUUUAAGUCCAUUUGUGAUUAUAGCUAGCUCAGUAAUUCUCAACUGAAGGUGACCUGUCCCCAGGGGAUGUGUGGCAAUGCCUAGAGGCAUUUUUGGUUUUCGCAACUGGGAUGUGAGGCAGUGCUACUGCCAUCUGGUGAGUAGAAACCAGACGACAGUAAACAUCCUACAAUGUAUAGGACAGCCAUCUUUCACAACAAAGAAUUUUCUGGCCCCAAAUGUCAAUAGUCCUGAGGCUGAGAAACCCUGAGCUGGAGCAAAGGUUCUUCCUAGACUGCCUUGUAAGUUCAUACAGAGUGCACUGCUUUUUAUACUCCAAGGCAUCAUUUGUGCCUUUCAUGUUGUGAAGAAAUUUCGUAUCUAUAUAUUUCCAGAUUAAAAUUGUGAGAUUUCUCUAAAGGCUCUCAAAAGCUGCAACUUAUUUUUAUUUUUAAGUUCAUUUAAUUAUUUUUUUAGUAAUCUCUACACCCAACGCGGGGUUCAGACUCAAGAUGCCAAGAUCGCAUGCUCCUCUGAGCCAGCCAGGUGCCCCGCUGCAACUUCUGUUUACUUUUGUAUGUAAAUAAUUUAUAUACAGAGACUGGAACAAAGUGGCUGGUAGUCCACACAUCCUACCUUUCCCCUCAAACUUUCAAGAACUGACAAGAAAAAAUUACAUGUGUGUCUAUAUCCGUCUGUGUCUAUGUCUCUAUCUCUGUUUCCAUCUCCAUCACUAUCUCUGUCUCUGUCUUUAUCGCUCUAUCUCUCUCUAUCUUCUGGAAAAGUAGGGGUGGUCACUAUGGGCCAGAAAUACUGAGCCUUUUUGAAAGGCUGUAUCAGCCAGAAGGGGUGAGGUUAUGCCGUGGUAACAGAGCCCCCAAUCUAAGUGAUUGGAGAGUGCACAGUUGAUUUCUCAUUGAUGCUGCAUGUUCAUUCGGGCGGUCAGGAUGGUUGGCAGCCUUUCUCAAAAGUUGCCCUGGUCAUGUGGAGGAAGAAAGAGAACUCUGGAGGGCGUCGCCCUGGCCGUUUAAAGGGACAAGCCCCAAGAACCCCUUCUGCUCACAACUCAUUGCCAGAACUAUUGACAUGGCCCCAUUUCCACAAAGGAACCAGGAAGAGCAAUCCUGGAAGUGCCUGGAGCAGGAAAAUUAAAAAUAUUUGGCAUAUAGGUUUACUGACCCCCCUCAAAGGCCAACAUGGAAGGAAGGGAUCUGACAGAGGGAAGAAGCUACAGCUCAAAGUGUGCACCAAGGGAAACUGGAGGAAGUAGUGGCUCCUGAAGGUAUAGGGAGGGGGAGGGGACCCUGUACAGUAAAGCAAGUAAUUAACUAGAGCUGUGAUAGGAAUAGCCUGGGAGGCUGGCAGCCACUCAUAUCCUGGAAACAGAGAAAUCAGGAGGGCUCUAUUUCAAAAUUUAGAAAUUUUUUAAUGCUUAAAAAUACCUGAUGUGCUAUGGAAAUUACAUAAAGUCUGUAAAGUCCUGUGUUCAAAAUCACUAUGCCUAGUACAGUGCCUGGUACACGGUAUGUGCUCGGCGAAUACUAGCUGAAUUGAAUGGCAACACUAAAGCAGACGCUAUUGUUGAUGAAAGGAUUCCUAAAUAAUCAUAUAUCCUUAGCAGCAUCCACAUCAACAACAACAGCACCCUGUUAUCCUGUCUCACAGAUCAGGCUGGUUUUGGAAGUAAGGCAGUGUCCUGGCUCCUCAUGAGGUCACUCAGGAAUACCUCCAUCAAGCUGCCAGCAUCAAAAUAAAAGGCAUGUCCACCACGGGGAUUUAGAUCCUGGCUUCCUUGGUUUCCUAGCCGAGUCCUCGUUUUUCCUUGCAGCCUCCUUGACCCACCCACCAUGACUGCUUUCCUCACUCUCCUACUCUCUCAGCUGGUCACCCAACUUUCCUUUGAUGGCCUCUGCCUGCAUCAGGUCUCCGGGGACAGAGGUUAGAAGUACAUUCUGGAGUCAGACCGCCUGGGUCCAAAUCCUCCACCCACUUUAUGACUUUGAGCAAGUUACCUACUUAAUCUUUCUGGGCCUCCUUUGCAAAACUUGAGUAAUACUAGCCUACGUCGUAAGACCCUGUGGUGAGUCGUGAAUGAGGUAACAUUGUGACAGUUCUUGAAUGGUGCCUGGCCCUUAGUAAUACCUGAUCCGUGCUAUGGGUCAUCAUCGUUGCUGUCAGUGCCACGUUUCCUCCAAGCUCUGUUCCCAUCCAGCUCCCAGGGCUUCUCCCGGGAGGGGUCCCCAUCUCUCUGCCCACUUUCGCUGAGCUGCAUGGUGGUCUUUCUGAUUUGGUGGGUUUUGUUUUGAGUCAAUUUUCCAGUGCCUCACAGUCCCAGGAUAUCAUUUGUAGGGCUGGCUUCGUGUCAGCUUAUUUCUAGCUUUUAACCCACAUUGCUUCAAAAAGGAUUACAUGGCUCUGUGCCCUGGUUUCCUUCUCUGUGAAACAGAAAUAAUGCCUUUUUCUUCCCCUUUCCCAGGGGUUUUGGUUUUCUUUUUUCCUUGGCUCUGCCUUUAUUUUAUGCCAACUUGUCAACUUUUGUGUGUCCUUAAAGCCACCUUCAGUCCUUGAUGGGAAGAGGUACAGGUAUUAAUAAAUAAAGAAGCACAUAAAUAAAAUAAAGAGUAGUUAUGAAAGCGCUGGAAGAGGUUCAAAGCAUCACACACACAAGACGUUUUUAGUCAGUAAGUGGCAGAGAUUGGAAAAUCCACUCUGUAAUUUUGUCUGUUGAGCUUAGAAAUGUUCAAAUCAUUGUAGACUUCAUGUGAUAUUUACAGAAAAUAGAAUGUACGGAAAACGUGGAGGAGAUACAUUUGCUUUGGUCCUUUCAAGAGAGAAGUUGUGAAAGAGUCAAGCGGCAGAGCUGAGAAUAUGCUUUUAAAACAUGUGACCACACGUUCUUAAAGGGAAGAAUUAACACAGAGAUGACAAUAAAUCUCUCACCCUGAGGAAGGGUUCACUGCAAAGGUCACACAUGAAAAUGAUUACAAAAGGAGUGUAACCUCUCCUCUAACUAGCAGUCAUGAUCCCUGACAUUUACUCUUUACUUGGCCUUAUCCCAGUAAGCAAAGGUGGGGGGGGGGGUAGGAUACUAUUUUUAGCCCCAUUUUACAGUUGAGAAAACUGAGUCCCAGUUAGGUUAUUUAACUGAGGCUGUGGUAGGAGUAGGCAUCCUUUCUCCUGAGCUUGAUCAGUGAUCACCACUUGCAACAUUGUUCCGUGCUUAACCGGGUGAUUCCUUUAAAAUUCUCUGUCAGCAUGCUACAGGGCCAGGGCCCAUGCCAAAACAACGUGAAAUGGGUUACAUUUUGCUCAAGCUCCCAUUUGGCCUGUUUACCAGCCCUGGCCAUUCCUUCUCACUUGGCGGAUUUAUUGGUCCUCAGCACAUACUCCAUAAGCCCAUAACACUUGCAACUCAAAAGGGGCUGUAUUUUAUUUUAUUAAAAAAAAUGUUUUAAAAAUCUUUUUAAAUGUUUAUUUUUGAGAGAGAGAGAGAGAGAGAGAGAGAGAGAGAGAGAGAGAGAGGCAGAGAAAGGGAGACACACAAUCUGAAGCAGGCUCCAGGCUCCAAGCUAUCAGCACAGAGCCCAAUGUGGGGCUCGAACUCAUGAACCGUGAGAUCAUGACCUGAGCCAAAGUCGGACACUUAGCCAACUGAGCCACCCAGGGGCCCCAAGAGGGGCUGUAUUUUAAUACAACAUUCUUGAAAGCUUGAAGGCAUUUUUGCUUUACCUUGGUUCAACUGCAGAUCUCUUUGAGAAUCUGAUAGAAAGAAUAAAAAGCUUUCCCCAGGGGGG